AUGGAGUUAGACACAAGGAGUGUGACCUCAGAACCAGCCUCUCCACUGAACAGUCCAGGGGAGGAAAAGAUGGAGGUCGCUUCUGAACUGAGCAGCUCAGAUUCGCAGAGCAGGGACAGUGGGUUCUUUGAAAGAGGUAUUAAAACAAUGUUAAGUAUCCGGAAAUCAAAACGAAGUCUGAAGAAAGAGAGAGGGAAGGAAGAUUCUGGCACUUGGAAUGCAAAAAAACUUCUGCAAACACUCAGGAGCUACGAGGAGAAAAAACCCACGAUCUGUAAUAGCGUGGAGAAGGUUGGUGAAAUAUGUGAGCCCAUUGAAGCAAAACCUCUUUCAGUAAUGGAAAUCAAUGAACUUAUUCAGAAAAGACAACUUUUGGAAGCAUUUGCAAGUAUCAAGCUAAUGGAAGAUGAGACUAUCUCUGAACGGGAUUCUGAGAAAUACAGUGAUAACCCCCAGGAGCUUGUACGGAAAUCCAAGGAUGUGGAUUUGCUUUAUAACUCCAUCACAAAUGCAAUCAAGUCCAUAGUGGAGGAAACACUGGAGGAUCCCACUUUACAGCAUACCAUGCUGACCUCCAUGGUGACUUUAAUUGCCCUUGAAGAAGCAGCUCAUUCCAGCACAGACAAUGCUGCUCGUCCUGGCUCAGAUUUACUGGGCAGGCCCAGAAAGUGGAGGGAGCAAUGGAGGGAAGCUGUCAAGGAGAGCGCAAGAAAAAGAGUCCUGAAGGCACCCAUGGCAUCAAGGGAAGAGGCAACUUCUUGGCUUGAUCUCCACUUACAUUUCCUCCAGGAACACCUGAGGGAAGAUUUACUGAAAAUCAAGUCAUCAGUAAAAAAAUGCUAUCCAGAGGAGUACCAGGUGUGUGACACAUAUGUGGAAGCUUUUCACAAUGCCAUUGCCUCACAUUUGCAAGAACUCUCCCAGGGACCACUGGACUUCCACGAGCUCUACACCUUGCUUGACUGGGUGGCCAACACCUACCACAGUGAACUCUUUCUGGGUCAUCCUGAGCUCAAACCAGAGGUUAAGACAGAAAAUCUGUCCUUGCUGUUAACACCAGCUGAUUGGGAUAAACUGAAAAACGACUACAUUGCUUCGGCAAAGGGGAAAAUCAAAAGUUAUUUUGGAAACAUCCUGAGACUAGAGGUCACAGAGAAGUGGGAGAAGGAAGUUCAUUUAGAAGAGAAGGAAAACCUCUACCACGCCUCACUCUCUUUUGAUAUUCAAACGAUCAUUGGACAGCACGUGAAGUUAUCUGGAGCUAUCAGCAGAAGCCUGGAAACAAAAAUGCUUGAGUUGUGCAUGGCAGAGCUGCUUGAAUUCAUACCAAGGUUUGAGCAGGAGUUCAUGGCGUGGAGCACUGCCCAGGACAGCCCCAUCUUUGUGCCCUACCUUGUUGCCUACAUCAACAGCUUCCAUGACCUGGUGUCAGGGUUAGAAACAACGUUUGAAGUCAAUACUGAGGAACUGCAGAAGAUUUUGGCAGCUCUGACAAGGAACUUCACAAAUAUUUUUUUAACAAAAUUAAGAACAAAAACACAGCCACUCCUUAAGAAAAUCCUGACCAAGACCUGGAUUUUGGCGACGGAAAGGCCGGACUCUCUGGUGUCGGCAAUCUCGCAGUUCUCUGAGCACCUGCAGCACAUGAAGAAGCCCCUGGGGCAGGAGCUUCUACAUGAAGUUCAUAAAUACGUGGUGAAGGAAUAUGUCACACAGAUCAUCAAACCCAGAUGGAAAAUGAACAGGGAGACACGUCAGCAAGUCAGCAGAAAGAUGAGCCAGGAAGCUGCAAUCAUUCACAAUACACUCAUUGAUCAGGGCUCCAAAGCUGACUGGCUCCUCCCCGUCAUAUAUCACAUUGCCAGUAUCACUGGGGAGAAUAAAAAAGACAAGAUCAAGGCAUAUGUCAAGGAGCUGUGCCAGGACUAUCCAGACAUCAGGAAGGAGCACAUCCUGGCCAUCCUGGCGCUCCGGGGGCUGGGGCGCGCCAGGAGAGCGGCGAUUUUUCGGCAAGUGUGCCACACACAGGAGAGCUCCAAUGGAGGGAAGGACAGUACACUCUUCACUGAAAUUGAUGUUCCAGUAAUCUGCAGCUGCUUCUAA